GGCCAUUCAUGGAGGUGAUACGAAGUGACUUCGUUACACGGGUGUACCCAAGCUGAGUUAUUGCAGACUAUAGUGAGUUAACGCCAAAUACUGCUGAUUUUGAAGAAAAUAUAAUGCAAACAUAAAGUCGUUUUGCUGAAUCGUGAAUGCUCAUUAUACUAUGUUGAGCAUCUUGUUUCGCCUAACUUUUUCUGCCUAAAGUUUUUUUUGCUGACAAGUAUGUUUUUUAUUUCAUAGGUGUCAAGUACAAAAAUGAGCUUCAAUAAUGGAUUGUCUGAAAAUAUUUCUCAACUAAUUUCUCCGACAAUUACUGAAGAUGAGUUGGAAUUUCUCAAACAACUUCCGAGAGAACCUUUGUUAAGUAAGCCAUCUGCUAAAGAUGGUGCUACUCUCAAUUUACUAAAGCAUGCUGAGUCUGAAGUUUUUCGGCUAUUCCGCAAGCAAGAAUAUUUUAGGAAAGCAUACAACGAUACACUUGAUCGUAUGAAUAGUUUAGCUAAUAUUCUACCGUCCUAUGCUCUCGAUAAUAUAAACACUCCGUUGCAUCCUAAAGAUAAGACCAAUGAUGAAGAAGAUGAAAGUGAUAUUUCGCUUGAUCCGGAAUAUGUUAAUUUUAUGAUGAAAACUCUACAUCAUCGUCAAACUCGUGAUAAUGUUGCAGUGAAUUCACAGGCUUUGGAGAAAAUGUUGAAACCACCUCCUAAAACCGAUAAAACUGACGACAUGGAGUCGAUUGCCGCUCAAAUUCAAAUGUGUGAAACUUCUUUAUUACACUAUGUGAAAUUUUUAUCGCCUUGUGUUGAUUCACCGAUAUGGCCUGUUUUACCUUUAAGCUCAAAUUUGUAAAUCUGAGUUGAUUUCCUCUAUGUAAAUUCGUAUCAUAUUCCAGAAACUGUCAGAUUAUCUACUUCAUACUUUUUCUAUUGAUACAUAUAUGGAUCGCUUGUUAAAAUCUCUGUUCUCUUUGUUGAGUGUUCAACAACGCUAAUCACUUGGUAGUGACCAAUGUCAAACGUCUGGUCCUUAGAUUGGCUAAGACAAAAUUCUAUCAGUCGAGUUUACAAUGUGGUCACCAUGCUAAGUAACUCGUCAUCUCGGUGCACACUGAAAUGAUGUUAGAUACUUGGAGAUAAUCAACAUGAAGCCUUGGAUCUAGAAUUCGUAUCUGUUGGUACUCACUAGGCAGGCGGGUUUUGAUUCAUCAUUGUCUUCACUCCUUAAAUGUCUUUUCAUAGAGGCUUUCGGGUAAUUAUUCGACUCAAAAGUAAGCCGAACCAAUUUUAGUCCCCUGUUG